GAAUGGCAGCGCGCUCGGAGUAAGAGUUGGAAUGUGUUAGGUGAAAAUAUCCGAUAUUGAGGAGCCCUUGCAGUUAAACCAAAGGAAUAUGUCGUUGCUCCGUACAGCUUGGUCUAUUUACACCGAUUAAAGAUGGAAAUCGGCUUGAGCAAUACGCUGUUAGCUGGAGACCCGCGUCUCAUUGAUCACAUAGUAGGCGAAGUUAAGUCACAAGGAAUCUUCGAUCAAUUUCGAAAAGAAUGCAUCGCCGACGUCGAUACAAAGCCGGCAUAUCAGAAUUUACGAACCAGAGUGGAAGGUUCCGUGAACACGUUCCUUGCAAAACAGAUAUGGAAGUCAGACUUGAACAAAAAUCAACUGAGAGAAACCUUGCGCAAGCAUAUAAACGAUGCGCCGUACUUAGAUGCCGGCGUCGAACGCAUAGUGGACCAAGUAGUAAAUCCAAAGGUUUAUUCCUCCUUUAUGCCACACAUCGAAGACGUCGUUUACAAAUUUUUGGGAAUCGAAAGGCCAAAACCUCGCGACAAAGUAACAGCCUGUGGUUUAAAGGAUCUACUGCCCAAAGACCUGGAUCCUGUUUCUCCGGAAUCGGACAGGAACAGCUUAAGAGAUGUCUCCCUGGAAUCCGUUGACGUCGAGAACGGUACCGACAAAUACGAAGAAUGCUCAUCGAAUAACGAACAAGCUUUGGAAGCAAACUCUAAUAAUGCCGAGAACGAGACAGACAACGCCGUUGAAAAUGGGCAAAUCGACUACGAAGAAAAAUCAUCCGGUGUAUCGCAAAGAGUCACGGUUGAGAAUAUUUGUCACGUCGUUUUAAAUAACUCCGGAAAAACGGAUGACAAGGCGGACGAAGAAGAAGAAGACAGUCCAAUGUUCGAGCCAAUCGACAUAAUGAAUCUCAACGAAUCCAACGUAUCCAACGACUCGCAUUUAUCCGGAAUAUCGGAAUUAACCAGCCACAGAUCGAGAAGUCCAGAUUAUUCCAACGAACUUUCACGGGACAACUUUGACUUCAGCAACCACGAUUCCCAACUUAGUAAAGUGUCGUCCGAUUCCCGAUUGUCGAUCGUUACAGACUUCGGUUCCUCGAAUCAGGCGUCGACGCCUCUACCCGAGGGACCGAAGGAAGACAACAGGGAUAAACCGGAAACAAAGUGCAACAAAGACAAUCUGAAGGCGAUCGGAGAAUGUGAAACGUGGAGAGGUAAGGAGAACAAGACUAUUAUAGAUUGUAACAAAUUGGAAACGAAAGAGAGCAAGGAUGCCAAGAGUACAAGGAGCAACUUAUCGUCGAAGGAAAACUCGCGAGACGCCACCGACGCGGGAAAUAAAUACAGGUAUGAACAAAAGGAGAGAACUAAAGACGGUGACUCGUCCAGGUCGAAAAGUAGCAAGGAAAGGUCCGACUCCAGGAGUUUCAAAGAGGACAGAGAUCACAGAAGAAGACACAGCCAGACGAGCAGGACCGACAAAUCCAAAGACAGGAGCAAAGACAGGAGCAAAGACAGGACCGACCGAUUCGGCGACGCGUUGGAGAAAGUUCGCGACUCCGGCGAAAAGACGAAGGACGCCUCGGGAAAAAAUAAGGAGGAGCGUCCUAGAGAGACGGAGAAAAGGGAGAGCGGCAGCAAAGAGCCCAAAGACUUGAAAGACAUCUACAAAGAGAAGAUCAGAGAACUGAGGGAAAAGAAGGAACUAACCGAGAAGGAGAGGCUAACGAAAGACGGGAGAGACCCGAAGAGAGGCAAGGAAUCGAAGGAUCGAGACAGAGGGGAUUCCUGGAAGGAAAGAAAGGACCCUAAGAGGGACUCGAAGGACUCGUCGUCGAGAGGCUACACCUCCAAUCGACACGAGAACCGAUCCACGAAAAGUGGAUCCGACUCCAAGGAAGGGAAGAGCGAAUCCAAGGACAGGGGUAAGCGAAGCGACCGGCACUCGUCUCGAGACGGCAAAGGUAGAAACGGCUCCAGGUCGGACCUCCUCCAGGAGAGGUCGGAGGGGAAGAGGACGUCGAGAAGCGAAAAGGAGGACCAGAAGAGAGACUCGGAGACCCUCUCGGAGAAGUCGAGCGGGAAGAGGGAGUCGAAGGUGGACUCCCAGUUCCGAGGAAGCGAGAAGCCGGAGUCCAGGAGCGGUCGCGAACGAGGGAGAGACCGGUCGGCCAAGGACGCGGGGAGAGGCGAGGAGAAGAAGCGCCGGGAGGAAGAGGACGAGAGGAAGUCGAAGAAGACGAAGGACGACCAUUCGAACUGGAGGAGGGACUCGAGCGACCGGAGGUCAACGGACCGGGACGGGUCGAGCGGCUCCGCGGGCGGCAGGAGUUCCUACGAGGGCGCGCCCGAGUCCGGGGCGUCCGGAGGUGGGAGGCCCUCCCACGAGGAGGGAUCCUCUGGAUCCGGAGCCCUUGGCGGAGGCGGAGGUCGUUCGAGCGGUGACGCGGGACCGAGCUCCACCGUCCCGGGAACUCGCGGGCCGAGUCCGGAGGACGUCCGGACCGUGCCGGACGAGGAGCGCGUGCAGAUCAUAGAGAUCCCCGACGAGGAGUACGACCAGCCCUAUCCGGACAAGCACGCGAAUCUGACACCGGAGGAGACGGCGAUCGUCAUCCUGGACGGGCCGACGGAGGGGUGGUCCUUGGCACCGACGGGGAUGUCCACGGCGCCGUCCCCCGCGCCCGCGGAGGGGGAACGAGCCCUCUCGAGGCCGGCGUCGCCCGGGAACCGGGAGAACCCGGAUAAUCCUGAGAAUCCGGAGGAUCGAGAGAAUCGAGAGGACCGGGAGGACUGCCUCUACCUCGAGGAGGACGACGGUCGGGCGUCGAGGUUCUCGAGAUUCGUCGAGUCCCUGGAGCGGGGCGAGGGCGGGAGCUUGGAACAGAUGAUAGAGAGUCUGGGGGGCCGGGUGGUGUCGCCUCAACCCCGAAGCAUGGCGCCGCCCUUGCCGAGGAGGAGACCGGCCAGUCCCCCGCAGGCCCGCGUCGUCCCCGGCGAGCCGGCCGAGGAGGAUGACGCUCGCGAGACGGCGGCUCCCGCCGACGACGAGGGUGGCCUGCCCCUGGUCAAGAGGCGAAAAGUCGGCCGGCCCAAGAAGCAGAGGUCCAACCCGAACGUCGCUUCUCCCCAGACUCUGCAGAACGGGGAGAGCUUCGUGAUGCCCUUGAGCCCGGAGAGCGACGUCUCGGCCUCCAGCGAGAAGGUUCCUGCGAAUCCCCUCAAGGAAGAGAAGAGCAAGCAGCGGAAAGCACAGAGAUACUCGAGCGACGACCUUUACAAGCCUAGGCCGCUGUUCUCGAGCUCAUCUAGGAGAUGCAGAAGACCCAACCUGGGAUAAUCAGGCGAAUCUAGUAUUACGUCGUGUUAAAUUGUACAUACCUUUGUAUAUAUUAGUUAAUACCACUCGUUAAAUUAAUUCCCCAUCGCGCGGAUCGAUCCUCCAUAAGAUGCCGUGUACUUGUAAGCAGGGUUGGGUAGGUAUAAUACGUCACGUAAUAUACCUCAAUUUUUUUUACGUGUAUAUUACAACGUAUUGUACGUCCCGAAUUUUCAACGCGAGCGCAAAGUAUAUUACACCCUCUUAUUUCUAAAUAGAAAAUUAUGAAUCCAGGUAGAAAUUUGAUAUUAAAGUGUUAAGUUGAAGGAACUUUGAACGCAAACACCGGGUUAUUUAUUCCUUAAAAAUAAUGACGCGUUUACGUAUAAGUUAAAGGACAUUUAUAACCUGGUGAAUACAUGUAUCAUGCAUCUG